GCCCCGGCCAGCAGGGCCCACGGUUGAACAGAUGCGAAGAAUGGACGGCUUCAUCACCGCGGAGAAGCAUGGCGUAUAAAAGGAGGCGUUGUUCGGUACUGCCGCCAUCGACAUAACUGGACCGGACCCUCCUGAAGGAAUGUUCACCCUCACAGAAGUAGCAUCUCUGAAUGACAUCCAGCCAACUUAUCGAAUCCUGAAACCAUGGUGGGAUGUCUUCAUGGAUUAUCUUGGCAUCGUCAUGUUGAUGUUGGCCAUAUUUUCUGGAACGAUGCAGUUGACAAAGGACCAAGUGGUUUGUCUUCCAAUUCUGGAACAAACUCCGGAAGCGACUGGGAGCUUCUUAGGACCCCAACCACCAGAGACCGCUGAUAGUUUAUGGAACAAAGAAAGCGCCAUCGGAGAGCAAGCAGCUCCUCUGAUGGCUAAAAGGCCUCCAGAUCACAUCGCCCCCACAAUUCACUUCACACCGCCGGGUACUUUAGGGCAGCCUCAGCCUACAGGUGUCAGGACCAAGCUGGAUUUUCAACAGUAUGUUUUUGUCAACCAAAUGUGCUAUCAUGUUGCCCUUCCUUGGUAUUCCAAAUAUUUCCCAUACCUUGCUCUCAUCCACACUAUUGUAUUAAUGGUCAGUAGCAACUUCUGGUUCAAGUACCCAAAGACUAGUUCCAAGAUAGAACAUUUUGUUUCCAUACUGGGAAAAUGUUUCGAAUCACCGUGGACUACCAAAGCACUGUCUGAGACUGCAUGUGAGGAUUCGGAGGAGAACAAGCAGAGACUGGCUGGUGCCUCCUCCCUCCUGAAGCAUCUGUCCAUGAGCAGCGAGGAGGGGAGUCCAAACCAGUCCGCCCCAAUGCUGACUAAAUCUGGGGUCACGUUUUCUGUAGAAAAGCUUGUGAGUGAAGUUCCCUCCAUGACCAUACUGGACAAGAAGGAUGGCGAGCAAGCAAAAGCCCUGUUCGAAAAAGUUCGGAAAUUCCGUGCCCACGUCGAGGACAGUGACUUGAUUUACCGACUGUACGCCCUUCAGACAGUCAUCAAAACGGUCAAAUUCAUUUUGAUCCUGUGUUACACGAUGACGUUUGUUGCCUCAAUAGAUUUUGACCAUGUGUGUGAGCCUGAAAUCAAGCAUUUGACUGGAUACGCCAGGUUCCAUUGUACGCACAACAUGGCGUUCAUGUUGAAGAAACUCCUUGUUAGUUAUAUUGCUCUCAUAUGCGUUUAUGGUGUAAUCUGUAUAUACACACUGUUCUGGCUUUUUCGACGACCUCUUAAGGAGUAUUCCUUUGAAAAAGUCAGGGAGGAGAGCAGCUUUAGUGACAUUCCAGAUGUUAAGAACGACUUUGCGUUCCUCCUCCACAUGGUCGAUCAGUACGACCAGCUGUAUUCUAAACGUUUUGGUGUUUUUCUCUCCGAGGUGAGUGAGAACAAACUUCGGGAGAUCAGCCUGAACCAUGAGUGGACCUUUGAGAAGUUGCGGCAGCAUGUGACGCGCAACCCUCAAGAAAAGUUGGAACUCCAUCUCUUUAUGCUCUCCGGAGUGCCAGAUGCUGUGUUUGAUCUCACCGAUUUGGAAAUCCUCAAACUAGAAUUAAUCCCAGAGGCCAGGAUAACAGCUAAGAUAUCACAAAUGAUAAACCUCCAGGAGCUGCACUUUUAUCACUGUCCCGCCAAAGUUGAACAGACUGCUUUCAUUUUCCUUCGUGAUCACCUCCGGUGCCUUCAUGUCAAAUUUACUGAUGUUGCUGAGAUUCCUAGCUGGGUAUACUUGUUGAAAAAUUUAAGGGAACUAUACUUGGUUGGUAACCUGAACUCUGAAAACAACAAAAUGAUCGGACUCGAGUCUUUGCGAGACCUCAGGCACUUAAAGAUUCUGCAUCUCAAAAGCAACCUCACAAAGAUCCCGACAAACAUCACGGAUCUGUCUCCGCAUCUGGUCAAGCUGGUUGUUCAUAACGACGGUACGAAGCUCUUAGUGCUGAAUAGUUUGAAGAAAAUAAUGAAUCUCGCUGAACUGGAGCUGCUAAACUGUGAGCUGGAGAGAAUCCCCCAUGCUAUCUUCAGUUUGACCAACCUUCAAGAACUGGAUCUAAAAUCCAACAACAUUCGUACCAUCGAGGAGAUCAUCAGCUUUCAGCACCUUAAGAGACUGACGUGCCUCAAACUUUGGCACAAUAAGAUCAUCACCAUUCCAUUGUCAAUUAGCCACGUCAAGAACCUCGAGUCGCUCUAUCUCUCACACAACAAGCUCGAGUCUCUACCCGCAUCAUUGUUCACCCUUCUCAAGUUGAGGUACCUGGACGUUAGUCACAACUCCAUUGCGGUAAUACCACUGGAGGUCGGCUUUCUGCAGAACCUCCAACAUUUUGCAAUUACUGGCAACAAAGUCGAGGUGGUUCCCAAGCAACUGUUCAAGUGCACCAAACUGCGGACCUUAUGCCUCGGCCACAACUGUAUCUCCACCAUUCCAGAGAAAAUAAGCCAACUCUCGCAACUGACACAUCUGGAACUGAAGGGAAACUGUCUGGAUCGUCUCCCGGCUCAGCUCAGUCAGUGCGGCCUCCUGCGCCGGAGCUGCCUGAUCGUGGAGGACCACCUCUUUGACUCGCUCCCCAUGGAGGUCAAAGAGAGCAUCAAUCAGGAAUCUAGUGUUUCUUUUCCAAACGGGUGCAAGUGUCUAAGUGACGGGCGGUAGUCACAAAGCCAUGCAGUUCAUCUUAGGUGUACAGAGAUCUUUUUUUUUUUUUUAAACCAUGUCAUUAGAAAACAGUAGUUCAGAGUACAGUAUUCAUGCUUCAUGAUGUUUUAGCAACUUAUAAAAUUAAUGUACCACAGCACAUACAAGGUUGAUGCCACUGGAGACGUUUUAAAUUAACUUGAGAAAUGAUCAUGGCUUAUGUCAAAAUUGUUUGUUUUUGGUUAAUGUAGGUGCAUAGUAGCAGUUAAAUCACUCUGCUUAUAUUUUUUACCUUUUGUAUGCAAAACUGUCUAAACUGGAUCUAUGGAGACGUGUAUCAUCUUUAAACAAUCCAGCUUUUUACCUGUAUAUUGAUCCCCUUUUCUUUGCAUUAACUACAUACACUAGAUAAACAUCUGGCCUUCCUGCAGUGCAGGGAGUUUUUGUUUUAUCAAAAAACUCAGUCAGGUUUGUGCCUCCACCCAAAUAAAAUGGAUGGAAAUACAAUUUUAUCUGCAGUGUUUAUAUCAACAGCAACAUUUCUUUUCAGAAACAGUGUCCACACCAGCUCUGGAUAAGACACUUUUGCAGUUUUAUUACACCUUCUUUUGAUCAAUAUAAUGUUCUCUGUAAAACCUGUUUACAGCAAGUGUGUUAAUUAACCAGAGUGACCAGGACAUUGCUUCUGUAAAGAUAUAGUGUCAUUGUUGCACUUUAAAUACUGCAGACAACAUAAACAAAAUCCAAAUCUGAGACCAUAUUCACACGGAGGACAUGUUCUUCUAACAGCACUCUCAGGUUGGGUAGCUUGAAUGUCGUACUGCUAUGUUUUAGGUUGUAAGACCUAUUAAAGUGUGGAAUUUGACAAAUCAUAGGUCAAA